AUGGAUCCUGAUUGUUCCGAUGCUGCUGAUUUUAUCGCAUAUACUCCGCAGCGUAUCAUUGUAAUCGUGCAAUUUGCAUUUUCCCUUUUUUCGGUGUUGAUCAACUGUUUGUUCUAUAAACGAUGGAGAAACAAAAUAUUCUUCCACAGCAACUUUCGGAUACUACUAUGGGCAUUGAUUGCUACAAAUAUUGGCCAUUCAUUUUUGUUAGCUGUUCUGCAGGGCUCUCAUCUGUUCAAAAUCUACACUGCAACAAACCCCUGUGAUGUGUUAGUGCCUGGCAUUUUCUGCUAUUCUCUGCGCAUGCCGCUCUCAGCCUGCUUUUUAGCACAUACAACUAUUCAUCUGUCUAUUGUAAUUGAGAGGACAGUGGCUUUCAGAAAUCUCAGCACUUAUGAGAACAGAAAAUCAUGGCUCGGAACGGCGCUGCUUGCCUUAUCGGUUGCUGCAGCAUUUGCGAUGGUAGUUUACGCUCUUUGGAAUUAUGAUUUUGCCACACAACAAGUCUAUUGUGCUGGGGUAAAGAAAGAAACAGCUUUUGAAACUGCUGCAAUGAGCUACCUCAAUGUGGCUAUAGAGGCUUUCACUGUAGUAAUGCUUUAUUUUGUCUAUCGCUCCAACAAGAAGAGCGAUGUGUACGACAUUCAGUCCAGAUAUCAAUCGAGGGAAAACUUGGCAGUUCUUCGCCUCCUUAUGCCGGCAGUAAUAUCUCAUUUUGUUGUAUACUCUACUUCAAUGCUUUGCAUAGCAGCAUCCUCUCUUCUUCGAAAGGUGAUCACGGAUAGAACAGCAAUGCGUACAUUCGUGGCAGGCACAUACAUUCUCCCCAUCUACACAGCCUUCUCUCCUCUCUUGCUGUGGUGGAUUUUGAAGCACCAUCGACGGACCAGGAGACUUGAUCUGAUUAGAAUGUCGAAAAAAGUUCCAAACGAGGAAUACAUCUAUUUUUCCAAUUACGAGUGGAAUAGAGAACAAAUUCGAUGA